AUGGUCGCAUCGACAACUGUAUCGUUUGACGACUUUGUCAAGCAGACGCGGGAGAAGAAGAAGAACGAGACGCUCGCCCAGCAGUUCCUCGGCGGCGGAAGCCGUGGCCGGAAACCCAAUGCCUCCGGUGCGGGCGCAAAGCCGCGGGUCGAUUCUGAGAAGCCGUCUCUUCUCAGUCGCAUAAACGGUAGUGCUGGUGUUCAAAAGCGAUCGGCGAGUGCGAAGCCAGCCGGCAGCAUCGACGGGAAAUGGCAACACGACCUGCACAAGCUGAACAAUCCCCGCGGCGCAGCCAACACCAGGAACCACCUUGCGCGAACGGCGUCGGCGUCGCAAGUCGAGCGCAACACAAGGACAUUUGACAAGUUCGCCUCGUCGCUCAACCGGGGUGCGGGCGCACGCAGCAACGAUGGUGCGGGUAUCAGCAUCCGAGGUGUUGCAAACGGAGGACCAUGCACCGUCAUUGCGAGCAACUUUGCACCCGGGACAACAGCCGCCGAUAUCGAGGCUGUCAUGAGCCCCAUUGGAGGAGAGACUCUAGGAUGCAAGCUUUUGUCCGCAAGCCCAACGGUCAUGGUGGAGCUUCAGUUUGCGACCAGGGAAGGAGCGGAGAAUGUCAUUGCGACGUUCAACAACCAAAAGGCUGAUGGCAGGCUUCUCUACGUAUACAUGAAGGACGUCCCUGCGAGCACCCAUCUGUCGCUGUCCCGAGCCCCAGCUGGUCGUCUGACCCAAUCAGCCGAUGACAUGGAAAUCGACACAGGCGCACGAGCUGGUAGCUUCCAAGAUGGACGAUAUGGCUUCAACGAAAGUGGUCAUCGCGACCCACCACGAGGCCCGCGCCGUCGCUACUAA